AUGCUCACCCGCAUUCCCCCACAAACCCGCACCAGCUACUCCGAAUACCAUGACUACGCGCAAAAGCCCGACAUGAUCGUGUCCCAACCGCAACACCUCUCCUCAACUACUCACCCAAACCCAUCGGCAUAUGACACCGACAACCUCCAAGCUGGACGUAAAAGAAGCGAAUCGGAACUCGAUGGGAAUGAUUCGACCGAACGAGGGGCCGUCCGCCGGCGGAUCAGUCGAGCCUGUGACCAGUGCAAUCAAUUGCGCACAAAAUGUGACGGGAAACAGCCUUGUGCACAUUGCACUGUCAACUCCUUGGUCUGCGAGUAUGCGCGAGCUCAUAAAAAGAGAGGGAGGGCUCCUAAGAAAGAGAUGGAGCCUGGUGACGAGGCACAUUACACAUCAUCCCAGGCGGUUGCAGACAAUCAUUCGGCUUUUGCCCAGUCGGCGGGCGCCCAAGAGUACUCGAGCACAGCUUAUUCUGGCCGGGAGGGCAUUGUCGAGGCAACGGCAGUGCCUCCGGACAACACAUCUUUGACCGGGGCCUUCGAACGCGGUCACCACCAAAACUCCUUCUUCACUGGCUUUGAUCCCUCACCCGGGAUGGGAAUGGCAAACACGGGGCAGAUACAUGAUAUGGAUCCGUCGAUGGUCUCCCAGAUGCCUCAAUCCAGGAGCAUAGAUUUUGCGGUCUCGAACCAGGCCUAUCCAACUUCGACGCUGGAAUCUAUGCACGUUACGGGAACGGCACAAGGCUUUGGCUUUCCUCUGGGAGAUGACUAUUCGGUCGCCUUCAUGGGUAAAGCCCCUAUGGUUGAGUCGCCAGACUGGCUAGCUCUCACGUCCCCUAUGUUCAUCAGCGAACCUUUGCCGGUUCAGCCUCGUGUUACAGACACGCUGAAAUAUCCUGUCCUUCGCCCUCUGCUUCCUCACAUUGAUCCCAUCAUUCCUCAAGUUCUCGCCUGCGACCUCUUGGAGCAAUACUUUACAAGCUCGACCUCGGCGUAUCUGAGGCCCGCCAAUCCGUACAUUCUCGGAUACGUCUUCCGCAAGAAAUCAAUUCUUCACCCUACCGAUCCCCGACCCUGCACCCCGGCAUUGCUUGCCAGCAUGCUUUGGAUAGCAGCGCAAACGAGUGACGCUGCAUUUCUCACCACACAGUUAGACGCACGAGCACGGAUCUGUCAACGAUUGCUGGAACUCACUAUUAACAUGCUGAAGCCUUUAGUCCAUAGCCAUCCGAACACUUCUGCGGCAACGCCGAACUCCCAUUAUCCUCAUAUGCUUGCUAACGAUGCCGGACUUGGAGCACUGGUUGUGCCAACCCAAUCCGGACCCCCGGGGGUGGACCGAUCACAGGUUGACAAUCUCGCAACGUAUAUCCAUCUAGCAACGGUAGUGUCAGCAAGUGAACGCAAGGCAGCCAGCCUUAGAUGGUGGAAUGCCGCUUGGUCACUUGCUCGAGAAAUUCGGUUAGGGCGCGAAUUACCGCCCAAUCCUCGGGAGCACGAUGGCGACGAGAAUGGCAGCGCCCGCCAUCCCACAGACAAUUCGGUUGAAGGUCGGAAAGACUCCAUGGAUGACACGCGUCGCAAGGCCGUGGGCUAUGUGAGUGAAGAAGAAAGAGAAGAACGACGGCGGAUUUGGUGGCUCUUGUACAUGCAAGAUCGUCAUCUGGCUCUGUGCUACAACAGACCAAUGUUCUUCCUCAACAAGGAGUGCGAGAAUCUGCUCCAGCCGUUGGAUGAUGAUGCCUUCCAGGCGGGACGCUUCGAUAGAGGGUCGGAUUCCAAGCAUCGAAGGCGAGGGUUGAACAUUGAAUGCACGUCGCACAGCGUGUUCGGAUAUUUCCUACCUUUGAUGGUCAUCCUGGGCGAGAUCCUUGAUCUCAACCAUGCCCGCAACCGUCCUCGUUUUGGGCCGAGGGCGAAACAACCCAAGAACUGGGAUGAGCACACGGACGAGAUCACUCAACAGCUCGAAACUUAUAAACAGAGCUUGAAGGACUUUGCAGCUUAUGGGGGCCACGUCCUCGACUCCACGCACAAUGAUGUGGUGACCCCGUCGGUGGUGUCUGCGGGCACCAACGAGUCAUAUCCUGCUUCCGAGUUGGCCUUACAAACCAAGACCGUGGUGGCCUAUGGAACCCACAUUAUGCAUGUGCUACAUAUUCUCUUGACCGGCAAGUGGGAUCCUAUUGCCCUCCUCGACGACAACGAUCUGUGGAUUUCCUCGCAGUCCUUCGUCACGGCGACCGGCCACGCCGUGAGUGCCGCAGAAGCUGUUGCCGAGAUCAUUGAAGAUGACCCCGAUCUGAGCUUCAUGCCAUUUUUCUUCGGAGUUUAUCUGCUCCAAGGCAGUUUUUUGCUGCUCCUGUUUGCGGACAAACUUCAAGGUGACGUGAGUCCAGAUGUUGUUAAGGCCUGCGAGACGAUUGUCCGGGCGCAUGAGGCUUGUGUGGCCACGUUGGACACCCAGUACCAGCGAAAUUUUCGAAAGGUGAUGCGCUCAGCUCUGCAACAAGUUCGUGGACGCGUGCCAGAAGAUUUGGCUGAGCAGCAGCACUGGAGACGUGAAGUGCUUGCCCUAUACCGAUGGACAGGGGAUGGAACAGGACUUGCAUUGUGA